CGGUUAUCUAGUUCUAAACAUCUCCAUUCUCCUCCAAUUGCAGAAUUUCCCGCUCGUCAAUACAAAUAAAUAUCGGACUCUGUAUUCUCAAUAUUAGCUUCCUCUUCACACCAUCUAUAUAGUGUCUAAGAACAGCAGCAGAAUCUAUCGAAAACAAUGGAAGCAGAGAAUAUUAGGAUUAAUAAUAAUAAUAAUAAGAAAAGAAGCAGCAGAAAGCCACUGGCAGAUUGCACAAACCUUUCACCAUCUUCCUCAACAUCAUCGACUAACAACAUUCCUUCUUCUUCUUCUUUUAAGAAACCACCCCUUCUCUCCUUUUCUCUUCAUAAAUUCCCAAACACCAAAAACAAACCUGGAUCCACCCCCUCCCACAAGACCCCUGCUUCCAAAUCCGCCGCCGUUUCGCCCCCGACACCUUCUCACCCACCUGAAUCCUCUCCUCUCCCUGGAAGUUUUGGUGAUGAGAUUUUUGAGCCGCAUUCAGUUUACACUCGGAGACAGUCUACCGAAUGUAAAAGGAAGAGUAAAGGGAGGGCAAGUUUCACUCCUGCACCGAAGACCGAAUUCGCCUCGUAUAAAAUGAAUGAUGUUGGAGUUACUUGUCCAUCCAAGUCUUUGGCAGUGCAUCGCAAAAAGAGACGAUGCAGGGCACUGUCUGAUGGAGAUGAGAAGAAGCAUGCCCUGCCACAGGAUUAUAUUGAGCAGCAGAGAGCUUACUUUGCAGAAAUCGAUGCAUUUGAACUCUCAGAGGAGGAGUUUAAUGCACGGAAAAUCCUUGGGCGAAAGAUUAUGUCUUUCCAUAGAAAAAUGUUCAAGGAAAUGAACCUGGAUAGAUUUCUCUGCAAUUUUCCAAGUUUUAUUUUGCAGGGAGUAAAAUUUACGGUUCAUGGGAUGGUGAUGGUUUUUCUCCGUUACUCUAGUUCCUUGAAGGGAACCUAGAGCCGCUGUAGGAUAUAUACUGCUGCCAGUCAUAAAAGAUGGGCCGCUUUCUGCAAAUGAAUUUUGAUACAAGCCGAGUUGUUUUUCUCAACAAAAGAAUGUUCGACGGAAGUCACGGUGAGUCUUAAUUGGUGCACUGGUAAAAAUCUUGAAUUGCAAUCAUAAGGAUGCAGAUUGAAGUAAUUUUGAGAGCAGCAGCAGUCAAAUUUAUACCAAGAUGUUUUUCAGACUAAGCUUAAAUUAUCUGAUGUAUAUCAGCUGAAAUGGAGAAUUGUCUCUAAUUUUUUUCCUCCGAGCCAAUGGAAUCACAGCUGGGUUAUUUUCCUUUUA